ACACGAUUUUCUUUAGAAGUACUAUUAGUACUAAUGUCACGUGUUACGCUAAUUUUGUUUUUCACAGAGUUGAGCAUUAAAGACGACAGACAGGCUUUACGCAUUGUUAUGAUCGGUAAAACUGGAUCAGGAAAAAGCUCCUCGGGUAACAGAAUUCUAGGUAAAAAGGCCUUCGAGACUUUGUUAUCGGGUUCAUCCGUGACAAAGAAGUGUCAAGAAGCUAGAGGUACAAGGUUUGGAAAAGAAAUUCUGCUAGUCGAUACUCCGGGGGUAUUUGAUACAAUUACACCAAAUAACCAAGUCCUGCAAGAAAUUGCCAAAUGUAUUAGCCUAUGCUUACCUGGACCUCAGGUUUUUCUCCUGAUUCUUCAGACAGGGAGGUUUACUCCCGAGGAGAACGACACUGUCAAACACUUUGCUGAAAUGUUUGGAGAAGACGUCUUCGCCCAUAUGAUCUUGGUGUUUACAGGAAGAGAUGCGUUAGAAAAAAGAAAACAGUCGUUUGAGGAGUUCCUGCAGACAAUACCACCUCCGCUAAAAGUAAUUAUGAAAAAAAGCAACAAACGUUGUGUUGCUGUCGACAAUUGUGCGAACAAUAAGUCUCGCGAUACCGAUGCCAGGGAUCUGAUGAAUAUGAUCAAUGCCCUUGUUAAGGAUCAUAACGGCAAACACUACACCAACGAGAUCUUUAAAACAGCUGAGAAGAAAUGUCUUGAAAGGGAAAAUAAAAUUAGGCGUGAAAAAGAACAAGAAAAGGAGAAAGAAAAAGAAGAAUUGAUAAAACAGCUGAACAAGGCAUUCCAAAUGGACUUUGACCGCUUGAAUGCUGAAAAGAUUUCAUUGCAGCAAAAAAUACGCGACAGCACGACAGAGAAGGAAAUUUUGGAAGAAAAGCUGCAUAAGAGCUGUUUGAAAGAUGAAGAAUGGACUGUGAUGGAGGAAAAAAUUAAAAACAUCGAAACAGAAGCUCAGCAAUACAAAGAACAAGUUGAAGAUGUCGAACAUCAGCAACAGAUGUGCUUACAAAACCGUGACCGACGUAUAACUCAACAAUCAAAGGACCUGGAUCGUAAAUGCGCAAUCGUUGUGAAUUUUAACAUCUCAAUAGCAAGUCAAAGCGAGAUAUUUUCAUUGAUCAAAGGAGCUGCGGGAUGGGGCAUGCAGAAAUUAUUUCCCCACUGGUACCCAGAACAGAAGUGACAUUUAUAAUAUAUCAUACAGUCGUCUUUGGAACACGAACAUUGUUUUAUUAUUUGACUUGGGUCAUGUACAUACGCGUACAGUGUAGCCGAAUCGACAUCAAUUUUGUGGACAACUCGUACAUAUUUAACACCUUUGAGUGCAUACGUUUCACUGGUCAUUUGUCUAAUGAAGGUGUCAGUGUACAUAUCGUAGUAGUCAUCGAAACGUCACAUACAAAAUAUUCUUCAUGAUAUCUUUGGAUUGACCAAUAGCUUAUAUAAAAUACACGCCCGUGCGAUAAACCUGCUCAUAAGUUGGUACAGUAUCCACGAGCGUUUUGCGUCAAACGCGUUUUUUAAUUGAAACCACCAUGUUUUAUAGCAAACUGUUAGAUACUUUGUGUCGCAUGAGUUAAAUACUCUAUAUUUGUAAAAGUAUUCCGAUGUCUACAGCUAUCAGCAGCAUUGUUUAUAAUCUACAAUCAAAACUAUCAAGACCAGCGUUAGAGAUAGCAUGUUUUGACGACACUUGAAGUUUAAAAAGACUUCUGUGAACAAGAUAAGUAGUAUGUGAAAGGCCACUUCGAUUGAUAAUGCCAAAUUUUAUGCAGAUGUGAGAAUUUAGACAUUUUACUUGCUCGCGAACUGACCGUCGUGAUUCCCGACAUUUUUCCUUAGUUGAACGGAAAAUUAUUUGUGAACAUAACAUUUACAGCCCUUAACAAUGUCCACAGGACUAUCAGUUAAUGUUAAAAAGGGUGUUUAGACUAUAGGUGAACUAAGGGAUCCAGAAUUAGUGCGGGAAGUGGUAUCUCAGCUGAUGAACAAUACGCUGUUCAAAGAAACAUUAUUAUCAACUGUUUGAAAUUCAAGGGGAUCCCAGAAUCUGAACACGAGAACACUGACCAGUUAAUUAUUUACUCGUGCAACAACACACUUGGUGCCAACGUUUAUGAUGCCAGAUUUUCCGUAUUCAGUAAGAAAGACCAGGAAUAAUCACCCACACCUCCCUCCGCAUCUAAUAAGCUCUUCAUCAACGAGGCACUAACCAGAGCUAGGACAUCUGUAUUCUCCAAGGCUCACUUUCUCAAGAGACAGGGUCUCAUAUCCGGCACCUGGAUCCAAGAUGGUAGGAUUGUUAUCAGAAAUAACAGUGGAGAGAAAUACCAAGUAACCAAGCUUGAAGAGUUUAGGAUCCUACCCCGACUCCCCUCCAAAGAAACAACCAGACCCACGGACGCUGGCUUCUAACCGUGACAGAUCCUACAACAGGCACCCGUAUCAUAAGUGACCUGAUGAAUACAUCAACUGAUCAUAUUAUGUGUCAUUUGUUUGUUUUGUUUCUUUUUCUUUAUUUAUAUAAAAUAAGUCAAAUGUGUAACAUAAAUGUAUAAAUCUUACCCUAUGACUAUGUGUGUUGAACCAAUUAUACAUAUA